CAUAAAUUUAUUAAAAUUUGUAAGUUUAUAAGUUUUCAAACUUCAAACUAGGUAGUUAAUUGGUUGGUUGUACAAAAGUAAACAAUUAAUUGACUAGUUAGUAGUGAGUAUUGAGAGAGAGAUAGCUAUCAGCCUAUCACAUUAGAGAUAACCAUGUUCAUUUGAAUGAUAAUUAUAUUGAUUAAUGACUAAUGAGUGAGUUAUAUCGAUCCCCGUAGGACGAUACUAUACUCAUUUUUAUUACUCGAUCAGUAAUUUGCAUGCACAUUUUAUCGCAUCACUUUCCUUUUUAUCGGGUAAAAAUUAAAAAUCCAUCUCCACAAACAUUAAACCAUGCCCAUCCCUUUACCCCUUUUAAUUCACAUUUCAUCCUCCUUUUUUUGUACGUCGAGUGUCGAGAGGGGGGAAAUAUCUCCAACCCCUGCUUCGCAAUUCUCUGUCCUCCGCUCCACCCUUCAAUUAUCAGCUUUGGGCCAGUGACUCUUCAUUCCUAUUCAAACUUUCAUGUUAACACUUGCUACAAUUCUUCCAGCUUUCCCAUCUUAAGUUAGUGUUGACUUUACCUCUUGCAACUCCAAGCUGGAAAAUGACAUUUUUCAUAUAUGAUUUUAAUAAAGAACAGUCUUCGAAAUAAUUUGUGAGACUAAUUUAUGAAUACUUUUUUGUAUGUGCAUAAAAAAGGUUUGAAUUGCAACAUAAGCGAAAAAUGUUAUCAAGAAAUCUUUUAGAAUAUGGAAAUUCAUUGUGGUUCAUGGUAAAAAAAAAAUGGAAUUGUGAACUUUAUGAAUAAAUUUUUAUGAUUAUUUUUAAUUAAUUAUUUUUAUUUUUUAACUUAUUCUAUCAUUUGACAUAUUUAUCCAAGAAAUUUUGUGUCCGCCACUGCUUGGUAGUGCAUUCUAAUUAUCAUAAUGUAUUCUAUGCGUAUAGUUAGCUCUUUGUAUCUCUUAUGUAUAUCGUCACCCUCAUAUAUAUUUUCAUUAAUUUACAUUUUUCACUUAUCUUAUUACACAUAUUUAGAAUCAAGGUCAUAAAUUGAGGUUAUUGGAAUGCCAUGUGUGUGUUUUCAUGAAUAAUUCAAUUUAUUAACCAAACCUAUUUAUUUACUAAUAAAUAAUUAGCUACAUGUUAACUUUCAGUUAACAAUUUUGUCAGUAAUAUUGACUUAGCAGCAUGAUACUCAAUUAGAAGAGACAUAUAGAGGUUAACAUUCUCAAACUUUAGUAUUUUAACUAACAAAAAAGUUAAAAUAGUAUUAGCAAAUUACUUAAAAAAUGAAUAAUAUUUUUAUGUAUUAUAAAAUAUUUGACUAAAUAUUAGAAAUUCGAUAAGUUUGACUAAUAAUAAAAAAAAGGCAAAAUACACUUGUAUAGCCAAAACUUUCACGUUUGUGCCAAUAAUAGCCAAAUUUGGAGAAAUACCACUUAUAGCCAGAAUUUUGAAACUUUUGUGCCAAAUAUAGCCAUUUCCGUUACAAACUUUAACGGUGUUAGAGACUCCGUCAGUUAGUUUAACGUUAGGCUGACUAGGACGCCAAAUCAUCGCACACGUCAGCGACAUAUCAGCCACAUUCGCCACGUAGGUGACACGUCAUAUUUUAAAUUUAAAAACAAAUAAAAAAUUCAUAUAUUAAUCAUAAAGAAAAAAAGGAAAUUAAAAAAAAAAAACAAAGAAAGAAAGAAAAGAAAAUCGUUUCUCUAUUAUGUUUCUGGGUUCGUCUGCGACUGCUCUAUUUGAGAUCCGUCGUUCUACUUUCGGUUCGUCAAUUUGCUCACUAUUCUGCUUCUGGGUUCGUCUACGGCUGCUGUAUUUGAGACUGCCACUCCCUGUCAUCGGCUGCUUAUUCCCAAGUGUUCCCGCGUCAAUAGAUCUCCACUCCCGCAAAAACUCCCUGCGCCGCUUCCACAGCCGCGAAGACCCAGCUAUGCCGAACACAAGUGUUCCAGCGUCAAUCGAUCUCCACUCCCGCUUGGAUUUUCGUCGGGAAGGAGGGCAUUGUGGCUGGGCAACCCCGGGAGCGAAGAGGGAAGUGGUGUCGGGGCAGUGGCGGCGGAAUCGGCGGCAGUAGUGGUUUGGAAAAUUAGGGAUUCAAAGAGAUAAAAGGGGAAAGUGAAAAGGGAGGGAUGGGUGAAUGAAAGGGACGCCGUCGCUACGGGAGAAACAUCUUCCACCACUUCCUCUAUCAAUCUGCGCCAUCGUUUGGAAUCCCUAUAGCUGCCUUUUUCUUCUUGAUUCUAUUGGGAUUUGUGUCUUUUCUUCUUGAUUCUACAGGAACCCAGCUGGGUGAUUGCUCUACAUAUCGUCCGGAUCUUCUACUUCAUCGUCACUAUCCCAAAUCCAACAAUCAAACCUCUUCGAUUUAGGGUGAUCUGAGACGUCGUUGCUUCUCCACGAAGCAGCAGCAGAAGAAGUCGGCCAAGGGGCUGACCGGAGGGAUUUUGUGUGGCAGAAAGUUGAAUCGAAUUUUCAUCCGCCAAAGAUGAUGGUUUGGGUUGGAGCUGGCGACGAUUGUAGCUUUGCGCACUUUGCAGAUCUAUGCGCAAUCUUACAGAUCUCUACGUUGGCUUCUUCUCCGACGAUCCGGUCGCUAUCACGGUGGGGAAAUUGAAAUUUCCUUCGUUGUGUUUUCCCCAACUUAGAGAGCCUAGCUAAACUGCAGCUCCAGGUGAUAGUUGUUGAAAAAAAGAAGAUGGAAGAGGGGUUUUUGUAGCUUUGUGGAUAUGGGGUUGACGAGAGAGGUGGGAUAUUGGUUCAAAUGAGCAUCUUUGUUUCUGGUUGUCCACAGAGGCGAUAUGUCGGAGAGGGAGCAUAAAUCGUGGGCGAGGAUUAGAGGAAGGAGGAUGAAGCAGCGAAGGGCGAUCAGAACAGAGGGUAGGUUGGGAGAAGAGAAGUUUUUUGUUUUAUUUAUAUUUAUUUUUAGUUCUCAUAAAUCAAAAGACACGACCAUUUGAAAAUUUUAAAUAUUAUUCUUUAUUAAUUUUUAAUUAAAUCCACGUGGAAAAUAUCUACUGGACAGAUCGGACAAUCGGUUAGUCUAGUCAGCACGUUAACUCACACCGUCAAAGAAUUGGAUGGAAGUGACUAUUUUUGGUAUUUCACCAAAAGUGGCUAUAUUUGACCAAAUCGUCAAAGUUUUGGCUACACAAGUGUAUUUUGCCUAAAAAAAAUAGGACAAACAUUUGAGUAGUUUACCAUAAAAAAGACAAAAAUGAAAA